AUGAAGGGGUAUCCCAAUUCAAUCAAUGUGCUGUCGGGAUUCGUGGAAUUACGUCGGGAAGAGGAAAAGUGGAACAAUGAUAUAGAUUUCAACCGGUUAGCUGCAGCCCCACUGUCCAAUGUGAAACGGAGAGCGAGAGUCAAAAUAGAAGAGAGCGAGAAGACACGGGGUGUGAGAGAAACCAUGGAUGAUGAACCCAGAACGAUGAGGUGGCAGAAUGAAGAUAAAUAG